GAAACUGAUGUGUCCUCCAAACGGCCACAAAAGAAUGGGGUAGGACUUUAAGGGCAGGAGGUCCGAGACCAACCUGUCAAACCCUUAACUCAUUCUUAAAUUAGAGUGAGUCCCUUGCACUUCUAUGGCCGUCCCUUGAUGAUUGCAGGUCAUCGGCGGGCUAAUGGCUGGGAAAUGCAAGAUGCAUAAUUGCAUAUUCAUUUGAUAACAAUAUCCAACCACCUAAGAACGCCAGCCCAUACCCAAUCCUUUCUACUACUCCUAAAACCAUAGAAAUAUUCCUUUGAUUUCCCCAAGCUUCCCUUCGGCUGCUAGCCACUUCUUCUUCGUCUUCUACAUAAACCCCACUCCCCCGUUCUUCCAUUUGCAGAAAAAACAAAUCCUCAGGAAUGGCUCUUUCAAAUAGAAUUGGAAGCGUGCUCAAGCAGGUGUUGAGCAGGCAAACCAUUCCAGAUUUGUCUCUUUCAAAUUCAUCCAUGUACCAGGCAUUUAGAAGCAUGUCAUCCUCAAAGCUUUUCGUUGGAGGCCUCUCAUACGGAACUGAUGAAACUAGUUUGAGGGAAGCAUUUCACCAGUAUGGUGACGUGGUUGAAGCACGGAUCAUCAUGGACCGCGAUACUGGAAGAUCUAGAGGCUUUGGAUUCGUAACUUUUACCUCGAGUGACAGUGCAUCAGCUGCCAUGCAGAACUUGGAUGGGCAGGCUCUUCAUGGCCGAAAUAUUAAGGUGAGCUAUGCAACUGAGAAGCCCCGUGCUGCCUUUGGUGGUGGUGGAGGAGGAUAUGGUGGUGGUGGUGGAUAUUCAGGCGGUGGUGGCUACAGCAGUGGGUACUCCGGUGGUGGUGGCUACAACAGUGGGUACUCCGGUGGUGGUGGCUACAACAGUGGCUCAGGCGGAUACACUGGAGGAGGCGGUAACUACGGCAGUGGAUCAGGCGGAUACACCGGGGGAGGUGGUGACUACGGCAGCGGAGGGGGUGGAUACGGCGGCCAUGUCAGCAGCGGCGACUACAACAGCAAUUACACCACUGCGCCGGAAACACACUCUGCCGGUGGAACCUAUGGUGUUCCUCCCGGUGGGAACUUCAGCAGUGGAUUUGGGACGAACAACAACAACGUCAAAGAAGAGGGAGCUGAGUCUGUGGAUGAUGAUGUUCUUGACGACAAGGAAAGCUAUGAUGGGAAUUACAGGGACGAUGAUGACGUGGAGGGGGAUGGUUUUGCCAACACAAGGGGCUGAAUGGAUGGAUGUGUUGAAGCAUGUCUUAAUAAAGAGUAUUAGUACUAAGUAUGUUGUGUUUUUUGUUUUUUUUUUUGUCAACUUUUGGUGUUUUUUUAAACAAAAUUGUUUUUUGUUUUUUUUUGUGUGAUAUCCUUCUUUACUACGUAGUAGGUCCUAAAAGAGGUUUUUACCAACAUUUCUUGCUUGGUGACCCUUUGUUUACUUUAUUAUUGUUAGGCUAUGUUUGGAACUAUGGUAAUGGUAUGGAAGAGGAGAUGCAAAUACUAUUGAAUUACUCUCUAUUUUUAGUUUAGUGAUUUUAAUUUUUUUUGUUAUUUAUCUGAUAAGAUAAUAUAGCAAUGUCAGGUUU